AUGAACGAUUCUACCCAUGUUGAGCGACUGGCGCCGCUAGAUUUGCCCAUGCCUAGAACCUAUAUUAGGGUUCUUUUGGUUUUUGGACCAACAGGCUCGAGGUUACAAAUCACUCAAAGCCUCCAAGGUGGUCUUGAUAGACUUUCAAAACAAGUUCGAUGGUUAUCUGGACAAGUCUUUCCAAGACCAGCAACUCCAGAAAAGCCGUCUUCUCUCGAGAUCCGAUGGGAUGCGAACAAUACGCCAACUCUUAUCGUCAAAGGGACUAUAGCAAAUACAUACAGAUGGGCAUCGUCUCACAGAAUGCCCAUAGAGGCAAUUCCAUCAGACGUAUGGCCAGUUCCAAGCAUGAUAGACGAUGCUCUCUUCGCGACGGGUGCUCCUGUUUUCGCUGCGAGCGUCUUUGGCUUCGCGGAUCAAGGCGUGGGUUUGUGUGUCUGCCUUCAUCACAACGCUGUCGACGGGACUGGAUUGUCAGAGAUUAUACGACUGUGGUCUCGAAAUGUCGCCGACCCAAGGUUCACUUUCUCAAGUUCGUCGCAGAAUAGAUCCGAACGGCUCUCAGAAGCGUUGUCAUUUGACCUCCAAGCGACCUCAGCUAUGUCGUCUGAAGAUCUGUUUUCUCUGCACCCUGAAUACUCGAAAACACCACCCGCUCUACCAGAGAAUUUCCCGUCGUGCAGAUGCAAGCUUUUUGCGAUUUCGAUACACUGGAUUGAUAUUCUAAAGGAGCUUAUGCGCAGGUAUACAUCGACAGCUCUGACCACAAAUACCGUGAUAUGCGCACUUAUCUGGACCACAGUCACCCGGGUACGAAUGCAAUCCAACCCAUCUCUUGAAAAUGAGACAACUCAAUUGGCAACGGCAGUGAAUGGCCGGCAGCGAAUUGGCGAAAGCUUCUCGACCCUCCGAUCUCCAUUUUUUGGAAACGCAGUGUUUUACGCUCUUUCGAAGCUUCCAGCCGGUACCUUAGCUGCAUCUGACGAAGCCCCUGUGAGGUCGCUUGCUAAGAUCUGCGAUCAAAUUACCCGAUCCCAAUCACAUUUCGAGAUUAAUUCGCGUCAUAUCGCGGAGGUAUACCGCCUAAUUGAUCUUAUGGAGGACUGCACUAAGUCUCUCUUUGUGGGUUGGGAUCUCUUUAGAUCCCGUGAUUUUACGAUCACAAGCUGGGCUGACCUUGGGCUGUAUGAAAUGGAUUUUGGUGACGGGAUUGGGAGGCCGAAGUUCGUGAGGUUGCCUUCUAUGGAAGCAGAUGGGGUUGCUCUUAUUCUGCCUCGCCAGCGGGGUGUGCCUCAGGAAAUGCUCGAGAUAAUGGUUAUGUUGCGGAGUGAUCAUAUGGAUGCUCUAGAAAGGGACCCUAUGUGGCAGACCCUUCUUUCAGUUGGUGUGGACGAUGAGGAUGGUAAGAAGCUGAACAUGUAA